UACGUCAAAUGGGUUUAGAGAGUUGGCCCAGUUAAAGUUCGCUGCCACACAUGUCAGAGACGUUGUUUGCAAAGGCCAGAGUUUAAGUGGAGAUCUUUUCAGCUGCUCUUCUCCAGACUGUGCUAAAGUGCUGGAACCACUGCUGAAAGUAUGUGCUGUGAAGACCACUCCAGCUGAAGACCCCCGCUCUCUUCAGACUGCAGGACUACAUUUAUAACCAACCAGACAGAAGGCAGAAACAUGAGUUUGGCCUGCGCACAGCUGCUCUUUGCUGCUACCCUGUGGAUACUGCCGUGUAUGACAGCAGCAGAGACGACGAGCAGCGCUACAGAGGUGCUUCAUCUGAGCGAGGUUUCCCUGAUGGCCGUACUGAGGAACAGCAGCGACAGCAGCGCGCCUCGAGAGCGGCGGAAACGCUUCAUCUCUAGCAAAGAUAUGACGGCAAUUUUGGACUAUCACAACCGCGUGCGUUCACAGGUCUUCCCACCCGCAGCAAACAUGGAAUAUAUGGUGUGGGAUGAGAGACUGGCUAAAUCUGCAGAGUCCUGGGCCGCUCAGUGCAUAUGGGAUCAUGGACCGUCUCAUGAUUUGCGACACAUUGGACAGAACCUGUCCAUCAUCUCUGGAAGAUACAGAUCAAUCACUGACCUGGUAAGAUCCUGGUAUGAUGAAAGGCACCAUUUCUCCUACCCCAAUAGAUGCAGUGGCUCUGUCUGCACUCACUACACUCAGAUGGUGUGGGCAACCAGCAAUAAGAUCGGGUGUGCUAUCAGAAGAUGUUCAAACAUGUAUGUUUUUGGAAGUAUGUGGAAACAGGCCACCUUACUGGUUUGCAACUAUUUAAUCAAGGGGAACUGGGUUGGAGAGGCUCCAUAUAAGACAGGAAAACCAUGCUCUGCGUGUCCCUCAAGUUACGGAGGAUCAUGCAAUAAAAACCAGUGUGACUCCAGAUCAAAAUCCAGAAGAAAUGCAAGUAGUUUCAGAGGCUAA